AUGACACAUCUUUGCUGCGGACGGCGGUUUACACUGCGGCCACAAGGCGCAGAACGAGGCGACAGGGUGCCUCAAGCACACAGCCCAGGGGUUUCACUGGGGAAAGACCCACCGACGGCGGGCAGGAGGGCGCUGCAGGAGAGCCGGCCGGCCCUCGGCGGGGAGGGGGCCCUGGCCCAGAUGCUAGAGGACCCAGAUGAGCUAGCAGUACUGGAAGAGAUCCAACAAGAAUUGAUCUUGCAAGAACAGUCCGUAUUAGAAGAGUAUGAGCAAAGCCUGCAGUUUGAUGAAGAGUGUCUCAACGCGAUGCUUGAUGGUUUGGAUACCAGCGACAAGGUCAUCUGCCCUGUGUGUAGAAAGAAUAACCUGACUGUGAGGAGUCACUUGGUUUUUUGCCAGUGUGGACUAUACAUCAGCACACAGGGUAUGACAGAAGAGAAGCUUCGGUCACUUCUAGAAAACACUCUAACAGAGCACAGUCACAGAUGCUUUCACAACCCAGAGUUCACAGUGACCAGUGGAAUGGAGGAAGAAACAAGUCUUCUCAUGAGCUGUUCGGUCUGUGACUCCUGGACGAUUCUUCUGUAAGUUGAUUUAGCUGCUGUUUUACUGGAAGGACUCCAAGACUA